AUGUAUACGGCUUCAAUCGUGAACGCUGUCGGGGAUUGGACAUUUGGUCUCCUUCCGAUUUUCAUGGUACGGGAACUCAACAUGUCAUUGAGAACAAAGAUUGCUGUUUCAUGUAUUCUAGGCUUUGCCGCGAUUGGAGGUACUGUGACCGUGGUUCGCAUCCCAGAUGUCGCCACAUUGGUCGAUGAUACGGACUUUUUGUGGCAAACGACGGACUUCGCAAUUUUGUCGACUGUGGAAGUGGGAGUUGGUAUUGUCGCCGCACAAGAGGCAAUCAUUCAUGGCCGGUUGAGCAAUCGAAAAAUCGAUCAAUUGCACCGAUGUGCUAGCCAGGAUAAUCUGAAGGCGAACACCGAGCCGGCUACUAUGACCUUUUUUAUAGACGACGCGGAUAGUGUGGCAAACCUGAGUAGCGGCGAAAGGAGUGAUGUGGAGUUAGGAGUCAUCCACGAGACAGUUCAUAAGGCCUAA